AUGGGUCGUGGCUUUAGUUUUCGAAUCUUGUAUCGAGUCGUUUUCUUUUCCUUCUGUCUGAUUUUCGCCUGUUUUUAUCAUGGUGGUGGUUCAGAGUAUGACAGGCGAGAAGAUAAAACAAAACGGAACAAAUUAAAAUAUGAAUUCAAACGUAAACCCUUGAAUGUUGACGUUUCUCUCGAACAAGACGAACGCGUCUCUAACUUGACAGAAAAUUCGAAACAAAUCGAUGGCCGCAAGGCGCGGAAGCAAACUGAUCUUUCAAAGAUGGUUAGAAAAGGUAAAAUUUGAAAAUGUGAUAAUGUUAGCGCUUCAAAAGAAAUAAUUGUUAACCAUAAUUUAUUUUUAGGAACUGCGAUGAAAACACUCCGAAGUGAAAGAAUACAAAAGAGCCCAUUAGUGCCUUUUUCAACUUUAUCGCCGUUUGAGGUAAAUGUCCCACGCAGAAAAUCGACAACUAUCUCCCACUCAAGUCAGACAGAAUGGCAAAACAAUGGCAGUAAAAACGUGUCUUCAUUGGAAAAUCAAAUUUUUCACGAGAACGACUUAAGAGGAACAGCCAAAAGAGAAAAGUUCGCUUCACUCACAACACAACAUCUCCGGAACAGACGUGAAAUUGAUUCGAAAUCUGAGUAUACACAUGAAGAUCUAUUAAUGUGCAACGAUUCAAUCAUCAAUAUAAAAAAAGAUGAUGAAUACAAAGUUCGGACAGACUUUACAAUACUCUAUAAGAACAAGGUGUACGAUUAUACGGAGUAUCGAGUUCUGAAUGAUACCACACGGAUUUGUAACUCCGCUUCAGACUACGUACGGAAUAUUUGGAAAGCACGCAAUAAAUGGGUAAAGGGGAGAAUGCAUAAAAUAAAUUGCAAUAAACCCAUCAGAACAUCUCUGUUGAAACUAAGGUAUUAUUACACCGUGAAUAAGCAGUUCACUGUCUUUUACGCAGCUCGGAGUCAAUAUUUCACGAGAAACGACUAUGGGGUGAAAGACGGUAAACCUUGUAUAUGCAGAGAAAAGUUCAAACCCAAAUCAACAGAAUAUACCCAGGAAGAUCUAUUAAUGUGCAACGAUUCAAUAAUCAAUAUAAGAAACGACGAUGAAUACAAAGUUCGGACUGACUUUUCAAUACUCUAUAAGAACAAGGUGUACGAUUAUACUGAGUAUCGAGUUUUGAAUGAUGGCAUACAGAUUUGUAAUUCUGCUGAUAAUUUCGUAAGGAAUAUUUGGAAGGUACGCAAUAAAUGGGUAAAGGCGAGAAUGCAUCAAAAAAGUUGCAAUAAACCCGUUAGAACCUUUUUGUUGCCCAGCAAGUAUUACACUGUGAAUAAGCAGUUCACUGUCUAUUACGUAGCUAGCAGUCAAUAUUUCACAAGAAAUGACUAUCGGGUGAAAAACGGUAAACCUUCUGUAUGCUAUGAAAAGUUCAAACCCAAAUCAACAGAUUAUACCCAAGAAGAUCUAUCAAUGUGCAACGAUUCAAUCAUCAAUAUAAAAUACGAUGAUGAAUACAAAGUUCGGACUGACUUUUCAAUACUCCACAUGAAGAACAAGGUGUACGAUUGCACUGAGUAUCGAGUUUUGAAUGAUGGCAUAAAGAUUUGUAAUUCUGCUGAUAAUUUCGUAAGGAAUGUUUGGAAGGUACGCAAUAAAUGGAUAAAGGCGAGAAUGCAUCGAAAAGGUUGCAAUAAACCCAUUACAUACACUCAGUUCGACCGAUGGGAACACACUGUGCUUAAGAAUUUUAGAGUUAUAAUUUCGGCAACAAAGAAGCUGAUAACAAAGUACGGUUAUGGCGUAGUUGAGG